AUGAUGCAGCCGCCUUCGGCCGGCGACGAAAUCUCUCCCAAGCUGUGGGUUCAUGUUCCCCUCGGCGAACAGCGGCAUUGCAGUGGUUGUUUCUCCUUGCAGAAGGACAAAGCGAACGCGCAGCCACUGUGGAAGAAAACGGGCGUGUACGAAGCCUGGCUCUACCAAAACAAGCUCGGGCAUUGGUGUAUCGGUGGCAAAGAAGCACGGCUGCGGGAGUUUGACUGGAACCGAUGCUAUCUCUACCAGACUGCACCUCAGGAUCCGCACCAAAGCCGUGCGGGAUCGCUUCUUAUCGCAUCGCAGCCGUGGCAAUGGUGGGACAGCGUUGGAAGGAAAUGGAUCUUGGAUCCCAACAUCCGUGUUUUGGACGUUCCGCAUGCAUCUUCAGACCAGCGCCAGAUGCUAGCGCAGCACGAGGUGACAGCAUUGCGGGGUGCAGCUGAAGUGUAUCGGAGGCGCAAAUCCUGGUGGCUGCCGCCAGCGCCGCCCCAGCCGGAAGUGGACGAGACUUCUUUCAUCGCCGAGCGUGCUGCCGGCCUGGUCACGCUGGGAGUGGACUUGACAUCGCCGCUCUUCACCGAUGACCUGGGCGCCACGCUUCUGCUCACCGCGGCCGAGAUGGGUUGGACAGACCUGUGCCGCGAGCUUCUCUCAAAGCAUCGCCCUGGCUACCUGGAAUCCCGGGACCACGCUGGGCGAACUGCGCUGUUCCACGCGGUGCACGCCGGCCAUCAAGAAGUGACCGAGCUGCUGCUCUACGCCAAGGCGUGCCCCUCCGCUGCCUCCUCAGAAGGGAUCCAGCCGCUUCACUGUGCCCUGAGCAUCGAACGCGAGGACCUGGCUGCGGUUCUGCUGGCCUCACGGGCAGAUGCAGCUGCGAAGCUCCCGGGUGGUCGGCUGCCCCAGGACCAUGUCGAUCCAGACGGGCAAACCAGGACUCUCUUGGAUUCCGCCCUGGCUACAGUGCCCUGGCCCCGCCGAAAGAGAUGCGUGGUCUAUGGCAAGGAGGCUGCGCCACGCCUGCUUGAGUCAAUACUGGCGGUCAUGGUCACUAGAAUCUAG